AUGUGUGGGAUCUGGGCCGUGUUCGGUAGUGAUGAAGAUGUCUCCGUGCAGUGUAAGGUGUUCCGCAAGGUCGCUCACCGCGGACCUGACGCCUUCAGGAUAGAAAAGAUCAACCAUUUCCAGAACUGCUGUCUUGGAUUCCACCGAUUGGCCAUACUUGAUGACGUCAGAGGGGUUCAGCCAUUGAGAUUGUAUACUUAUCCUCACAUAUGGCUGAUAUACAACGGGGAAAUCUACAACUAUAAAUCAGUAUCGAAUCAGCAUGGAUUUCACCUGAGCACAGACUGCGACGGAGAACCAAUCAUCCACCUGUAUGCCAAAUAUGGUAUUGAUUUCCCCGCCCACCUGGAUGGGGUGUUCGCCUUCUGUCUUCUCGACACAGCCAACAGGAAAGUUUUCAUUGGUCGAGACACGUUUGGAGUCCGCCCCUGCUUCAAGCUUGUCACCGAUAGUGGCUUCCUGGCUGUGUGCUCAGAGGCUAAAGGUUUAUUCGGAUUGAGCCACAACCUUACCGACGAGGCAGCUGACAUCGUCCCCGUCGCUCCCGGUACAGUGGAACAGUACGACCUCGACAACAACGGACGAACCACGUUCCAGGAGAUGAAACAGUUCCACUCCAUUGGCGACAACCCCCUGUACAAAACACCAGUAGAUGCCGACUCCCUAGGAAGGGAUGUGGCAGAGAACAUCCGGGUACUGUUAGAGGCGUCCGUCAAGAAACGACUAAUGGCCGACAGAAGGAUAGGUUGUCUCUUGUCAGGUGGUCUCGACUCGAGUCUGGUAACGGCGUUGGUGGUGAAGAAUGCCAAAGAACGGAAACUGCCCUACCCCAUACAGACCUUCUGUAUUGGCAUGGAGGGGAGUACGGACAUCAUAGCAGCUAGGAAGGUUGCCAAACAUUUGGACACCGAACAUCAUGAAAUUACCUUCACACGUCAAGAAGCCUGCAGUGUCAUAGAUGAAGUCAUUCGCCACAUCGAAUCAUACGACGGUUCAACCAUAAGGUCAUCAAUAUGUUUAUACCUUGUCAGUAAGUACAUCAGCAAGAAGACUGACACGGUGGUCAUCCUGGCCGGUGAGGGGUCUGACGAGCUGGCCCAGGGGUACAGCUACUUCCAUAAAGCCCCAUCACCUGAGGCUGCGGAUGUGGACAGCCGGAGACUCCUGAAGGUCAUCCACAUGUAUGAUGUGUUGAGAGCAGACAGGGCCACAGCAGCCUGGGGUCUCGAGGUCAGGGUCCCCUUCCUUGACCAUCAGUUCACCAGCUACUACCUGUCCCUCCCUGCCGAGGACCGCGUCCCCAGGAAGGGGGUUGUGAAGUACCUCCUCCGGUCAGCCUUUGAAAACAUGAACCUCCUGCCCAAGGACAUCUUGUGGAGGCCCAAAGAACCCAUAAGUGACGGAGUGACAGAUGAUAAAAGUCCCCUGUUUGUAAUCCUUCAAGAAUUCUGUCAUAAGCAGAUCAAUGAUGAGAAGCUGGAACAGGCAAAAUCACUCUUCCCCUUCAACACCCCCAGGACGAAGGAAGCGUUCUACUACAGGCAGGUGUUUGAGAAGUACUACCCCUCCAAGGCAGACUGGGUUCCGUAUAUGUGGAUGCCGAGCUGGACAGAUGCUACUGACCAAUCGGAAAUGAAGUUGACACAGAAAGAAAUGAGAAGAAAUGUUUAUUAAAUAAUGUAUAAUAAAUAAGAUAUAGUUAUUAAUAUUUUUCAUAAGGGGGCGUAACUCUGCGGAUGUGUUAUCCAGUA